CUUACUUUCAUUCUUCGGUCAGCACUAUCGUCAUGAUCACUUUAUGCACGAACAGUUUUCUCUCUCUUUUUUUGGGGGUUCUGUUGCUGUUCUGCGCGUGGUGAGUCCACAGAACGCCUACGAUGUCUUCAGAGCAGAACCAGCAAGGCAUGAACUUUACCACCAAGCUGCCCGAGACUCAUCCUGUAGUCACUGUGUCACAAGCCACUAUACCUCCAGUCACAACUGCCGCAGCUGUGGCAUCUUCAACCGCCAUGCCUUUGGUUGUCACCACCGCUCCUACCACAACUUCGGUUUACAUGCCUCUGCCGGAUAUGCCUACUGGGCCUGCACUUUCAACAUGUGUGCCGCCUCCUGGCAUCUUCUCAGCUGGCAUGCCUACUGUCAGUAUAGCUUCAGCCAGCACACUGCCAUGUUGUACACCACCUACCAGCAUAGCUCCAGUUUCCAUGCCACAUCUUGGAGCGCCACUGGCUGGUACACCUUCCGAUGGCAUGGCUUUACCACCCACGGGCAUGUCUCAACCUCCCGCUGACAUGGCUCCCCCACUUUCUGCUGGCAUGGCUCCACCACCCGCAGGCAUGUCUCCACCUCCUGCUGACAUGGCUUCCCCACUUUCUGCGGACAUGGCUCCACAAUCUGCGAGCAUGUCUCCACCUUCCACUGGCAUGGCUCCCCUUCCCACCAUCCAGGCUUCUCCACCCACUGGCAUGGUUCCACCUUCUGAUAUGCCUCCACGUCUCACUGGUAUGGGUCCUGAACCUUCUAGCACGGCUCCACCUCCUGCUGACAUGGCUCCCCCUCCUGCUGACAUGGCUCCCCCACCUGCUGGCAUGGCUCCUGAACCUUCUGGCACGGCUCCACCUCCUGCUGACACGGCUCCCCCACCUGCUGGCAUGGCUCCACCGCUUUCUGGUAUGGCUCCACCUUCUGAUGUGGCUCCACGUCCCACUGGUAUGGGUCCUGAACCUUCUGGCACGGCUCCACCUCCUGCUGAUACGGCUCCCCCACCUGCUGGCAUGGCUCCACCGCUUUCUGGUAUGGCUCCACCUUCUGAUGUGGCUCCACGUCCCACUGGUGUGGGUCCUGAAUCUUCUGGCACGGCUUCACCUACUGCUGACACGGCUCCCCCACCUGCUGGCAUGGCUCUGCCUCCCACCGGCUCUCCUCCUGCCCUUACUGUGAAAGCUCUACACCCCACUAGUGCGGCUCCAGCUCCCGCAGCCACUUCAAUGGCCCUCACGGCAAUGUCUCCUGCUGCCAUGGCUCCUGCAGCUGCACCUCCUGGUGGCAUGGAAUCACAUGGCAUGCACCAAACUACGUUGCCUCCAGACAAUCUGAGUCAAGCCGGCACGACUCCACCAGCUCUGCCACCAGUUACUGUACCUCCAGCUGUCCUUCCUGAAGGCGACACUUUUUGCAUAUACCUUUCAGUGGUGUUCAAUCCAUCGGAAUUCUAUGGCCACAUAGUGGAGACAGCAAACCCUACAGUCAAGGUCCUAGAAGAGCUUAAUAAAAAGCUGAACACAUGCGGCACCAAGAGUGAGGCGCCAACGGACGAAAUGGUGAACAAGGGUUCCUUCUGGAUCUGCCUCUUUGUGGGCGACAAAAACUGGUAUCGAGUUCAGGUGCUUGAUGUUCUUCCAGGACACACUUGUCGGCGUUUCAGGGUCCUCUAUAUAGACUAUGGCAACCGAAGCACUGUGCUUUGCUCCCAUCUGCGACCACUGCCUCCUGAGCUCGCAAGCCUUCCAGCCUGCGUCCAUCGCAUGUCUCUGGCAUUCGUGUGCCCCAGGGAGGGCUGCAGGUGGGAUCAUUCUGCUACUCGAGAUUUUGUCAAGGAGACUGGCUUCGAUGUUUCUCUUGUUGCUGAGAAGAAAGGUCACAGGCGCUCUGGUUAUGAAGACAUCAUGGAAGUGGUGCUGUGGAAGAGAAAUGGUCCAACAGCAGUAAACAUCAAUGCUUUGCUUGUUGAGCGAAACGUUGCCCUGCUGAAGGCUACAGAAUAAAUGGGGAAGUUUGUGCAA